AUGGCGGAGAAACCCACUCCUGCUCCAGCUCCCACAUACGGGAACAUGCAAGAGCUCAACCAGCCGAGCAUCAACUAUCCCCCUCCGGCAUAUGCGCAGCCUCCGAUGGAAACGAUCACCCCUCCACCCCAGCCCCACGAGCCCUCGUCGCAGAACUUCUACGCGGGAACACAGACACACAACACGAGCGGCUACAAUAAUGCUACACCCCUGCAUGCGCUUCAGCGUGGCCCAGCGCCCGUAGACUGUCCAAGUUGUGGCAGUCGUGAGAUGACGCGAGUGGUAGCGGAGGCGGGCAAUACUACACAUGCAUGGGCCGCGGUGACUUGCCUCUGCUGCUGCCUGGGAUGUAUUCCCUAUCUGAUGUCGUCGCUCAAGGAUGUGCACCACUACUGCGGAAAAUGUGGUGCAUUGCUGGCGACCUGGCACAAUAGCGGACGGACGGAUGUGCAUCAACACCACUGA